AUGGAGCCUUUAGUGGGAUGCAUUACUGUGGGGAAGAUGUGUGCUGCACCGUUUGAGGAUGAGACAAGAGAAUACUACAGGGCAAGAGUAGACAACAUCAUUCGAACACAACUGCCUCAUACUAAACAAUUCAGGGAGUCCUUAGAGGUUUUCUUUGUGGAUUACGGUAACACAGCUGUGGUUGCCCGAGAAGAUGUCCGAGAACUGCCCGACUCUGUCUCCACGGUGCCCUUCCAAGCUGUGGAGUGCUUUCUAAGUGGGAUACGGCCAUCCGUCAUCAAGUGUCCAGAUGGACGAUGGACAGAACAGGCCCACAACACUUUCAUUAGUAUGGUGAUGAACAAGGAUCUGUUCGGAAAGAUAUACUCAGUGGUCAGAGGAGUGCUUCGUCUGGAGCUGAUAGAGGUGUUGAGAAACGGUCGCCAGAUUUGUUUCAACCAUGAACUCAUUGCCUUGGAGUUUGCUGACACUGCUGAAGAAAGCUUUUUGUCCAAGCAAAACCAUGAGCAGCGUGCGAUGGAGGAGUCUACAGGGCAGCUAGGUCAAACAGGACAACAAAGGAAAAACAUCAGUCAACAGACGAGCUGGCUUAACCUCUCACUCAAACCAAGUAUGACCUUCAGGGAAGAUCGCAGAGGAGGCAAGAUGAAUCUAAGAGGUCCUCACAAUCCGUACGAGAUGAGCUUCAUCAGUAUGACCAAUGUAGGAUCCUGUCGGUGUGCCAAGAUUGAACCAGGUAGCAUUAACUGUGUUUCCAUCGACGAUGAACCUCAUGACCCUCACUCGAGACUGAUGAUUGCAGCAUUUGUUGGACUUAACCCAGGGGGAUCCACCAUGUUGGCGCGGGACACCACGGUGAUGCCACUGAUACCAGGACUACCCACUUUGAUUUCUUUGCUGUUUGCACCUAUCGCGGAAUUCAGGACAGAUCCAGAACUGACCAGUCUGACCGGUGCUAUUUGUGGACUUGGACCGGCCCAGAAUAUGGAAUAUUCCUGUUUCCCUGACCAUGACCUUGAGGUCAUCUUUGAUACUAAGAUUGACAUGGAAGAUAUUUACAAGAUCAAUGGUGUACGAAUGGCCAUCAACCUUGCUGUCGGCAGUCAGGAGAAGGUGAUGGGCUGGGGCCCUGAUGCUGUCUACAAGAUACAGGACUCAGCUCGCACUAAACUUAUGGAGUAUGUUUUGUCAAGGCCCCAAGUCUGGUCGACAUACUCAUUAUAA